UUAAAGAUGAGCGCGACGGAGCUACCUUAUCAUCUAGCGAACGAAAUCCGCCAAACAAAAGAAGCCUUACCCAAUUUCAAUUACUCCCAGAAAGCAAUCUUGAAUCUUCUCAACACAAAAUGCGCUGCUUCUUUCAAACAUCUAACCCAAGUUCACGGCCUAGCGCUAAAAACAGGUCAUUUCCAAGACCACUAUGUUGCCGGGACCUUAGUGAAGUGCUAUGCAAAUCCUCAAUUUGGCAGCCUCGUGUGUGCAAUGGCUGUCUUCCACCAAACUCCAAACCCCAAUGUUUUUGUGUGGAAUUGUUUGAUCAAAGGCUGUGUAGACAACAAAGACACACGCGCGGCCAUUUCUGUGUACUAUGAAAUGGUUGUUUCCGCCUCUGCUAAGCCUAAUAAGUACACUUACCCUCCACUGCUCAAAGCCUGCACCAGGGAACAAGCUUUUCAAGAAGGCAUGCAGUUUCACGCGCAUGCGGUGAAAUAUGGGUUAGGCGCGGAUGGGCACAUAACAAGUGCUGGGAUUCAGAUGUAUUCUUCGUUUGGGUUGUGUAAUGAAGCGCGGAAUAUGUUUGAUGCAAUUGGGGCAUUAUCAGAUGUUGUUUGUAGUAAUGCUAUGCUUGACGGGUACAUGAAAUGUGGAGAUGUAGGGGCAGCUGUGGUGUUGUUCGAGUGUAUGAGCGACAAGAAUUGUGGUUCAUGGAAUGCAAUGAUCAGUGGGUUUUGUCGAAAUGGGAUGACAGAUGAAGCCCGGAAGCUGUUUGAUGAAAUGCCUGAAAAGGAUGAAAUUUCUUGGAGUGCGAUGAUUGAUGGUUAUAACAAAGAAGGGCGUUGUAAAGAGGCCUUAGAAGUAUUCAAUCAAAUGCAAAGGGAGAAGACUGAGCUGAAAAAGUUUGUUCUUUCAUCUGUCCUAGCAGCCUGUGCUAAACUAGGUGCUCUUGAUCAAGGGAUGUGGGUUCAUUCAUACAUAAGAAAAAAUUCCAUUCCCCUGGAUGCAGUUUUAGGUACUUCUUUGGUGGAUAUGUAUGCGAAUUGUGGGCGCCUAGACUUAGCAUGGGACGCAUUUGAGAGAACGAAACAGAAAGAAAUCUUUACGUGGAAUUCAAUGAUUGGAGGGCUUGCAAUGCAUGGCAGAGCAGAGGAUGCAUUAGAACUCUUCUGGAAAAUGCAGAGGGAGGAAUUUAGGCCUAACGAGGUCACUCUUGUGGCGGUUCUUAGUGCUUGUGUUCAUGCUGGUUUCGUUGAUACAGGCCUCGAAUAUAUGAUCACUAUGAAGGAAGCUUAUGGAUUUGAGCCAACAAUGGAGCACUAUGGCUGUGCAGUAGACCUAUUGGGAAGGGCAGGGCUAUUAAAUGACGCAGAGGAUUUGAUCAAUUCUAUGCCUAUCGUACCAAAUGCAGCAGUUUGGGGGGCUCUUCUUGGUGGCUGUAGGAUACAUGGAAAUGUAGAGUUGGGCGAGAGAGUUGGGAACAUCUUGCUCAAAAUGGAGCCAAAGAACAGUGGGCGCUAUACGCUGUUAUCAAACAUCUAUGGCAAGGCAGGGAAAUUCGAUGAAGUUAGCAGACUGAGGAAGCUAAUGAAACAAAGAGGAGUGAAAACAAGUGCAGGAUUUAGCACGAUAUGCAUCGAUGGAGGCGUGCAUGAGUUCAAAAUGGGGGACGGGUCGCACCCAGAAAUGGAGGACAUCAACCCAAUGCUGCAGAAGAUGAUGGAGAGGAUUCGUUUGGAAGGCUACAGGCCUAACACAUCAGAAGUUGUGUUUGAUAUAUGUGAGGAAGAGAAAGAAACCGUGCUUAGCUACCACAGCGAGAAACUGGCCAUGGCAUAUGGAAUCCUGAAGACUGCCCCGGGAACAACUAUCCGAAUCGUGAAGAAUCUGAGGGUUUGUGAGGACUGCCACACUGCAACCAAACUCAUUUCAAAAGUGUACAAGAGAGACAUAAUAGUGAGAGAUAGAAUGCGAUACCAUCAUUUCAGAAAUGGCCACUGUUCUUGCAAGGACUUCUGCAAUGAAAGCCUUGUGCUUGCUCACUAGCUAUACAAGGAACUGCGACUUAGCAGCAGAUCGAGAGCACCUUUUCCGGCUAGAGUUACU